GAGAGAGAGAGAGAGAGAGAGAGAGAGAGAGACAGAAUUGUUCCAACGACGAAUUUAUAUGAUUUUUUUGUUAUUGAGUUUUUUUCAAUCGCUAAAAAGAUGUUGAAACGUCGAAAAAUUAUAAUUUGUGUGGAAAAUUUCUUUUCGGUUAAAAUUCAAAAGAAAACGAAAUGCAAAAAAAAUUGUAAUAUUAAAAUAAAAGCCAUUCAGUCCUUUCUCUUGCUUUCUCUUCGAAUUUCCGUUGCGAUGUCAUCGAACGCAUCCACUGACAAUCAGCUGAAAUGUUAGUGUGCUGGUGGUGUGAGGUCGGUUAACAAAGAACACCUUAUUGGUGUGCGUCAAAUGUGUGUACAUAGACGAGUGAGGCAUUUGAAUUUUCGAAAUAUAUGUGUAUUGAAGUUGGCGCAUUAACGUAUUUCGUCUUUCGACUACAACGCUGCUGCAAACUAUUUUGUUCGCAAUUUUUUUUCAAUUGUUUGCAUCGAGACAAAAAAAAAAGAUACCAGAACUAAAUCAACAAAAACGAUAAAAAGUAUUAUAUUCAUAAGACGAUUAAAUACACUUGAAAAAAACCUCAUCAAGAAAAACACCAUCAUCAAGACACAUUCAUCAAAAGUGAAUUACUGUGCAGAUUUUACAUAAACUCCAUUUUUAAAACUCAAGACACACACAAAAAGUACUUACAACGGGAUCGAAAAUAAGUUGUUUUUUUAUUUGCCUAAAAAAAUGUCACAGUUUGCUUAUAUGAAUGAAAUAAAAAGCGCGCUCAUUAUGGAAGGCGACAUAAGUAAGGGACCCAUGCCGCGUUGGCAGAAGAAAUUAAAUGGAUCGUCAGCCAAUUUGAAUGCCAGUGCGAAUACAUCAAAAAUAUCCAUUUCAUACAAUUCCAUAUUGAGUACAUCGACUACAGCAGCACCGACAUCCAAUAAAACACCACAGAAAAAUAGUUCGGUCAAUUUUAAAGGCAAAUCACCAGGGAGAAAAACACCAACACCGAACAAAGGCAGCUCGUCGGGCGGCUCAAAGACACCAUGCGGUGCCGGCGGAGAUCGAUUCAUUCCGAAUCGAGCAUCAUCUAACUUUGAUUUAGGACAUUAUAAGCUGAAAAUGCAACAAAAUAUCGACGAAAAUGAAGAAAACAACCGCGAAAAUGACCGACAGAAAAUUCUAUCCGAAGCCAUGCAACUGGGCGAUGUGAACACACGACGCAUCUUUUCGUAUCAAGAAAAGGCGCCGCCAGCGCCCGAGUCACACCAAAACCCAUUGCGUGUUGUCUACUCCAUCAAAACGCCAAUGUCGACGAAAAGUGGUUCUCGUUAUAUUCCGACAAGUCCAGAACGCAUUUUGGACGCUCCUGACAUCAUUAACGAUUACUACUUGAAUUUAAUGGACUGGAGUACAUCAAACAUUGUGACUGUUGCAUUAGGAAAGAUAAUUUACCUGUGGAAUGCUGGCACUGGAAACAUUGAACAGUUGAGAGAGUACGAAAAUGGUGAUCACGCUUGUUCGUUGGCUUGGAUUCAAGAAGGAAAUGUCUUAGCCAUUGGAUCAUCGGACGGCACUGUCGAAUUAUGGGAUGCCGAAGCGAAGAAACGAUUACGCGUAAUGGAUGGCCACUCAGCACGAGUAGGAUCGCUGGCAUGGAAUUCGUUUAUCAUCAGUUCAGGGAGUCGUGAUGGAUCGAUUAUUCACCACGAUGUGCGACAACGUGAUCACAAAGUAACAACGCUAACCGGACAUACACAGGAAGUGUGUGGCCUAAAGUGGUCAACAGAUUUCAAAUAUUUAGCUAGUGGCGGCAAUGAUAAUUUAGUGAAUAUUUGGCCAUCGGUAACUUCCAAUGCAAGUGAUAAUACAUCGAAUGGUGUAACCGAACCACUUCAUACAUUCAAUCAGCAUCAUGCAGCCGUUCGAGCCCUGGCAUGGUGCCCAUGGCAGCCAAACGUUUUGGCCACCGGGGGUGGUACAGCCGAUCGCUGUAUCAAAUUCUGGAAUGUAAACAAUGGCACGCUCAUUGAUUCGAUCGAUUCCAAAUCACAAGUUUGCUCGUUACUGUGGUCGAAAACGUACAAAGAGAUCAUUUCAGCCCACGGAUACGCCAACAACCAAUUGACAAUUUGGAAAUAUCCAUCCAUGCAGAAGCAAUGUGAAUUGACGGGACACACAGCUCGUGUGCUACAAAUGGCCAUGUCUCCGGAUGGAAGUACUGUAAUGAGCGCUGCCGCUGAUGAAACACUGAGAUUAUGGAAUUGCUUUGCACCAGACGUGCAUCAAGCGAAAAAAGAGAAAUCGGCCACUAAAUUGGGAACAAACAGUCUGUUCCGUCCGAACAUUCGUUAAAUUCACCGUAAUAGAUAAUUGAAUUACCUCAUUUAGCCUAAUUUGAAUACAGACUGACAAAUUCAUUCUUAAGUUUUGAAGUAUUCCUUUGUUGCUUAUUUUGUAUAAGAACAAUUUCCAAUUUUUAGCUCUUUUAGUAUUUCAAUAUGUCGUUUAUGCAUGUUUUCUAUUUUUGUGAAACGCAUUACUUUUUCUAAUAUCUUGAUUCGUUGAAAUACUAUCAAGAGAUUUUAGCUACAAAAUCAUUUUGAUCGGAAUUUAUCUCGUUUAUCCUAUGUUUGAUUUGUUUGUCAAUAAAAAAAAACGAAAUUUUAACAGCUGAAUAAACGGGAGAUUUCCCCAUGUUUUAUAUUUUUGCCAGUCGAUCAUUGCCAUAUUCAAUUCCAUUUUGAAGGAAAAAAAAAUAAGUAAGAAGUAUUGUAUACUCUGAUUUUAGCUUAGAAAUGGAAGCGAUUCAAUUGUUGUCAUAGAAUUUUUUUUGAUAUUAAAGAGAAAAAGUAACAAAA